UUUGCAACACGCUCGCGAGUGGACGUGUCGCAGUGCCCAAUAGAUAUUCGCUAUAUAGCACACAUAUACUAUACCCUAUAUAUAUAGAUAAAGAUAUAUAUAUAUAUGUAUAUAUAGUUUAUAGUGUUAUCUUGCAGCUGCCCGUGCAGCUUGAAGUGCGUGCAACAGGACGUGCUUGUCUCGUGAGUGCGUGCGUGCGUGUGUGCGAAUCGAAUUCGAAAUCGACAGGCGAAAAGCGAAUCAAAGCUUAACUAGAGCUCAAAGUGCCGAUAGCUGAAGUACGAGACGUGCCACCAAAGGCAUGCGUAUAGGUGUGCGAAAGUUUAACAAAUUUCAAUUAGUCAAUUGCAGUGUGGCCCACAACCAUCACAGUUAACAGCAACGCAACAGGGCCCCCCAAGGGGCGCCUCGGAUACCCAAACAGGAAGAGGAAGGAAGACAAAGCGUAACGAAAGCAAAAACACAAAAGUAGCUUGAACCAUGGAGCAAUUCGAACAGUUGUUGACGUGCUGCGUGUGUUUGGACAGGUAUCGCAUACCAAAGCUUUUGCCAUGCCAGCACUCCUUUUGCAUGGAGCCCUGCAUGGAGGGUUUGGUGGACUAUGUGAGACGCCAGGUCAAAUGCCCCGAAUGCCGUGCCGAACAUCGUAUACCCUACAAUGGCGUCCAAGCCUUUCCCACGAAUGUUACGCUGCAGCGUUUUCUGGAGCUGCAUAUCGAAAUCACCGGCGAAUUGCCAGAUCCCACCUCAGGUCAAAUCAUGGAGCGCUGCGGCGUUUGCUCCGAGAAAGCAUAUCUCUCCCACUGUGCGCACUGCGAGAAAAAGAUCUGCGAGGACUGCAAGAGCGCACACAUGGACAUACUGCGACGUGAGAUAACCCGCUUCAAUUCACAGAUUCGUCGCAGUUUGCAUCGAUUGCAGGAUUCGCUGUCGAUAAUCGAGAAGAACACGGCGAGUCUGCAGACGAAUGCGAUUGGUGUGACGGAGGAGAUCGACGAGAUCUACAGGCGCAUUACGAAGGCCAUAAAGGACAGAACCGACGGGCUGAAAGGCGAAAUCGAUCGCUAUUUGGCCGUGGAGCUGCGCAAUCUGACCACACUCAAGGAGAACCUGGACCUGGAGAUCACGAACAUCACCAGCAACUGCGACAUUGUGGACAAGUACAUGAACGAGACGGUCGAGUGGGACGACUGUGAGCUAAUGGACACCAAGGAGAUCUUUCUGAAGACCGUCGAAUUUUUGCGUCACUUUGAGUACGAGAACAACGAUUACAGCCGGCGGGUGCGCUUCAUUGUCUCCAUCGAUCCGAAUCAGUUGGUCAUGAAUUUGGCCACCUUUGGGGAUCUGAACAUUGCGCCCCACUCGACGCCCAGCGGCUCGGUGAGCAGCUCCCAUCUGGCGCCGCCCAGUGCCCUGCAGCCCGGACUGAUGCGCUCGAAGAGCGAUCAUCGUUUGGCCACACAGUUCCGACAGCAGGAGGAGCGCGGCGGCUACAACGAUGAGCCCGUGCUCGGGGGCCGCAAGUUUGGCGAGCGGCCUCAGCGCAGCGCCAACAACAACGAUCGUUAUGGCGAGAACCGUUAUGGACGCUCCGAGUACGACUAUGAGAACGACUAUGAGAACGAGCCGGCGGGACGUGGAGCGAAGUCUUCACGUUUCCGUUCGCGUUUCGUGCGCUCGCACCAAAACGACGACUCGGACAGCGAGCAGCAGCAGCAGCAGCGCCAGCAGGAGAUUGAGAAGCGCAAGGAUCGCGUGCUGGACAGCGAGGAUGUGUCGCGUGGCCAGCUGAGUGGCAUAAUACGGCUCAGCGAUUGCUCGCGCGUGGUGCAGCGCCUGGCGGAGAUUGGCAAGGAGAAGAAGGAGAAGAAAUCGGAUGUAGCAGCGCAUGCAGCUCAAGCGUGCGUUCAGGCAGCCAUCCAGGCGCAGAAGGCCGCCAUGCAGCGACAGCAGCAAAAGAAUCAACAAUCGGCAGCAGCAGCAGCAGCCGAUGAGGAUGAGCUGGCGCGUCAGAAGCGCAAGAGUGCGGCGGGCAGCUCGACGGCCGGGGAAACGAGCGGCGAGCAGCGACCCAAUACGGAGCGUGUGACGGCGUUGAAGCGAGGCGGCCUUGGCGGCAGCGAGGAGAGCGACAGCAGCAGCAGCAAUCAGGCAGCGACAGCAGCAGCGGCAGCGGCGGCAUCUCCAGUGCGUACAGCAACGGCGACAGCGCGAGCCGAGGUAAGUGUGAAUGAGACAAAUGAAGAAGAUGAGGAAGCAGAUGAGGAAGAAGAAGAAGAAGAAGCAGAAGAGGAAGCCAGUGACAGCAGUGACAGCAGCGAAGCUGAGACAGAGACCGAAAGUGAGAGUGAGAGUGAGACAGAGCAGCAGCAGCAGCAGCAGCAGCAGCAGCAGCAGCAGCAGCAGCAGGCAGAACAACACCAGCUGCAGCUGCCAGAGCAGGUGGAUAAUGCGACCAGCUCUGAGUAUGAAGAGGUGACAGUCAGUGAGAGUGAGGAGAGCGACGAGGAGCAGCAGGGGCAGCCAGAGCAGAGCAUGCCAGUGAUAAAUAUUGUGCCGCCCGAGAAUGAGCUGAUGGAGAAGGCGUCAGAGAAUGAAUGCAAUAUGGAUGAAGUGAAAGUGGAAGUAGCAGAGGAGGAAGAGGAAGAGAUUACAGAUGAUGAGGAGGAGGAGGAGGAGGAAGACGAAGAAAAUGAGAUUGAGGCAGAGUCCAAACCGGCCGUGUCCGCCCAGGUGGCAGCUGUCAAGAAGACACAACGUUCGGGCAGCAGCGAUAGCAGCGCCUCAACCGAAAGCUCUGCCAGCUCAGCAACAGCAGCAGCCGCCGCAGCAGCAGCAACAACAACAAGCAGCAGCGCUCAGCCGGCCAAGGCGGCCAGCUCGUCGCGCUACUCGAGCGCACGUGAGGCUACGGUGCCAGCGACGCCGGAGAAGAAACCCUUCGUGAGCCGCUUCCUGCCGCAGCACAGUACGCCGAGCACCACCAACGGCUCAGCGGAUAAGAAGAAGGCUGAGUCGGAUUCGAGCAGCGAGGAGGAGACCAGCUCAGAGUCCGAAUCCGAGUCAGAAGUGGAGCCGAAGCCGAAGACAAGCGCCGCGGCCAGCAGCAGCAGCAGCGCAGCAACCAAAUCGACGCCCAGCAGCGCAGCCAGCUCGACGACAGCAGCGGGCAGCAGCAGCGGCGGCAGCAGCUCGUAUAGGGAUCGGCUGGAGGCGAGACGCGCCUCCCGUGACGAUACGAACGCGACGACGGCGCGCAGCAGCUAUGCCACGCCCAACUCGAGCAGCAGCGGCUAUGGCAGCGGCAGCUCGCCCCGCACCCGCCCAGUGCCGGCGGCUCAUCAUCUGACGGAGAGCGAUGAUCGUUAUGGCAGCGGCAGCGGCAGCAGCAGCUACACAAGCCGCUUCCUAAACAAAAGCAAGAGCAGCGCAAUUGUCGCACAGCCGUCGCUAUCGACGCCGAACGCCUCCUUCGACGAUGAUGGCAACGGCACGGGCACCGGCACCGGCACUGGCGACGAUUCCGACAGCCGCUACGGCACCGGCCGCUCACGUUAUCUGGCCAUGAAGGAGCGACGCAAUCGCUUGGCGCGCAGUCGCUCCUCGCAUCAGUUUGGCAACGAGGACGAUGAUCUGGAUGAGCCCGUAUCGCCGACGACAGUGUCGCCAUCUGCUUACCUGGCCUCAAGAUACAGCGGCUAUGGCAGCAGCGAUCUAUCACGCAGUCGCUCCUCGCAUGCGCUGAAGUCUCGCGACAAUUCGCCCAUCACGGAUCGCAGUGCGGGCUCGUCGCGCAGUGCGCUGGGCAGCUCGACGGACAACAAGGACGGGGAGGCGCUCAGCUCGUGGGCGCGUUAUCUGAAGAACAAGUAUGGCAGUAAGAGCGCCAAGGAUGCGCCCAGCAGCAGCAGCGGCAGCAGUGYGCGCGAUAGCCACGCCUCCGGCUCGACGGCGGCCAGCCGAAGCACGGCCAGCGAUGUGUCCAGGCGGCUGAGCCUCGGCCUGCCGUUGCGUCAGGCCAAUGAGCUGGCCUCGUCCGACGAUGACGGGUCAAAAAACGGGCUAGGCUCCCCUACGUCCCCUACGGUAGCAGCAGCAGCAGCCGGUAUAACCGGAGUGGCAGGUACUAUCCCUAAACAGGUAUACCUGCGCAAGCGCCAGCAGCUGUUCCAGUUGGGGGGCCGGGGGAGCGAGCCCGGAUCCUUUACGUGGCCGCGCGGCCUAGCCGUCGGCCCCGACAAUAGCAUUGUCGUCGCCGAUUCGAGCAAUCAUCGUGUUCAGGUCUUCGACUCGAAUGGCAUCUUCGUCAAGGAGUUUGGCGAAUAUGGCAACGGCGAGGGUGAAUUCGAUUGUCUAGCGGGCGUGGCAGUCAAUCGCAUCGGCCAGUACAUCAUUGCCGAUAGAUACAAUCAUCGCAUUCAGGUGCUCGAUCCGCAAGGCCGUUUCCUGCGCGCCUUCGGUUCGCAGGGCAUCGCAGAUGGCAAAUUCAAUUAUCCUUGGGGCGUUACAACCGAUGCACUCGGCUUCAUUUACGUAUGCGAUAAGGAGAACCACAGAGUGCAGGUUUUCCAAUCCGAUGGUUCCUUCGUUGGUAAAUUCGGUUCCUGUGGCCGUGGCGAGGGCCAGCUUGAGCAUCCGCAUUAUAUAGCCGUAUCGAAUACGAAUCGUGUUAUUGUUUCCGAUUCGAAUAACCACAGAAUUCAGAUAUUCGAUGUUAAUGGCAAAGUGCUGUCCACUGUGGGCGGCGAGGGCUCCGAUGAUGGACAAUUUAAAUUUCCACGCGGCGUGGCUGUGGAUGAUCAGGGCUAUAUCUUUGUGGCCGAUUCGGGCAAUAAUCGCAUACAGAUCUUCAAUCCGGAUGGCAGCUUCCUGAAGACCUUCGGCUCCUGGGGCUCCGGCGACUCGGAGUUCAAAGGGCUCGAGGGCGUGGCCAUUAUGUCGAAUGGCAAUAUUUUGGUAUGCGAUCGCGAGAAUCAUCGUGUUCAGGUCUUCUGAGCCACGACCUAGCCCAACAACAACAAUUUAUUAUUUCAAUUUAAAUUUUAUUUUG